GGUAAGUGAAGUCAGAAAGGCAGCGAGGCUGAUUUUCUACAUUUUCUCCGACUAAAAUGCGAAAUACCUACUGAAUGUGUUCGAGAACCAACAAAGGGCUUUAAUACGACGGUAUUUCUCAGACUCUACAUUAAAAUGUGUGUUUUCUGUGUGUUUUUCAGGUAUGAAUUCGCUUUGCAGAAGACUGGCCCGUCAAGGACUUUGAGCAGCUCUACUCAAAUUCAUAUUUUUUUCUUCAAGUAAUGGACAUUUGAUUACUAUUUUUGCCUCCAGCUUGUUCCUGAAGGAAAGGCUAGCUUUCAGCCCCACCCAUAAGAAGUAUUCCAUUUGAUAUUAAAACCAUGAAGGAAGGUUGACGGUAUAACAUUGAUGAAAUAAGAGAUAUAAGUGCCUGAAAAGCACACUCUAAUACACCCGAGACGCUGAGGACCUGUAGUGUCGAUAGUAAGUUGAUUUUGAAGUUAAAUUGAAUCGAGAUCAAUCAAGUGCAGAUGGUCGUAGACGCUGGGCUGGUUAGCGGUAGCUGGUUAGCCGGCACCGUAAGUUAGCGUGGUUCUUCUCAACCAUUUGAAUAUAGAAAGCUUCUAGAAUGAGCUCACACAGGAAAGUGGACGGAGGCACGAGGCUCCGUUUCUUUGUGUGUGAGACGGAAUGGGCGAGUUGUAUAAAUAAAAAAGUUACGAUAGUCAGUAAAUUCGUAAAUUAUCCAUAAGCAAUCUAUUCAUAAAGAUUGCCGUAGACACAAAAAACCCAAUUCCAGUUCAUGAAGUCGGACUUUUUGCCUGCCAGAUCGUUUUAUAGGGGCUGCUUCACGGAACGAACACAAACUGCAAUCUAUACAUAAAGAUUGCGUUAGCUUGAGGAUUGCGGACAGAUUUUAUGAAGCACCGUGUGUGUCGAUAAUUAAAGCACAGGGACUUCCCGAAAGCAUCACGUACUCGGCAAUCUGUGGAUAAAGAUUGCAGGAUGACUCAAGCGACGUGCUCCUUCUAAACACAAACAGUCGGGAUCUUGAAAAAUGGCGGACUGCUUGUGGUUUGCUUUCCGUCGUCGGGCAGCUCCGGGGGGCUGGCCGUGUUCUCGGAGCAACCUUUGGGAGUUUUUACAAAACUGACAAGCAGAAAAGUACAGACUGCCUGGCGCGCGUGUGGUGCUCGGUAACUUGUUUUCUUCUCGAGCAGCACGGUCUUUGCUCGGGGAGCCAUUGUUGCUUGUGUGGGAUUGCUUUCGUUUGCCGUCGUGGUGGAAGUGGUUACCGGGGGAGGGCUCUGAUUAGCAGGCGGCUCAGCUCCCCCCGCCCCCCCUCUGACAGGCCUGUUCUCCGCUGUGACCACAGGCUGUGCCCGUUGAACUGCCCUCAUAACCGGUUUACAUUAUUUUGUGAUCGUUGUGAAGUCUACUAGUACACAACCUUUAGUCAAUUAUAAUAUUUUAGAAGGCGUGGUCCUAGUUUGUUUUCCAUAAUGUUCCAGUGAUAGAUGUCGUGACACCACAUUAUGGCAAUGCACCAAUAAUGCUCUUUCCCCCACUGAUCCAGGGCCGUGAUUAACACUGAUUGUGUGUAUAUGUGUAACGAUUGUGACGUUUACAGGAAGUGGGUUAUUUGCAGUGUUGUGGAGGUCUGAGACUAUAUAUAACUUCUACUCCAACAGUUUUCCGGAUAUGGCUGGAGGACCGGUGGACCCCAGAGAGAUUCUGAAGGGUGUGGAGGCUCUGCUGGGGAAAGAUGGAGAGCUGCGCAGCUUGGAGGGAGUCCCAAAGGUGUUCAGCCUGAUGAAAGCUUCUACCAAGAUGGUCAGUAGAUGUAUGUACCUGAGCAUCCUGCUGCAGACCAAAUCCCAUGAUGUUCUGAAUAGGUUUAUCAGAGUUGGUGGCUACAGGAUGCUUAACGCCUGGCUCACCUACUCCAAAACCACCAACAACACCCCCCUAUUGCAACUCAUCCUGCUCACACUGCAGAAGCUGCCUCUCAAAGUGGACCACCUGAAGCAGAACAACACGGCCAAGCUGGUGAAGCAGCUGAGCAAGAGUGCCGACACCGAAGAGCUGAGGAAGUUGGCGUCUGUGCUGGUAGAAGGCUGGAUGGCUACCAUCCGCUCCCAGAGCGUGUUGAGCAGCGGCAGCUCUCCUGCUGAUAAGAAAAAGAAGAAAGAGGAGGGCAAGGUUCUGGUACGGGACGUGAAGGAAAAGAGUGGAGAAGAGGAGAAGAAGAAGGAGAAACCUAAAGCUCAUGCACCCAGCCAUGCAAAGAUUCGCUCCAUAGGAUUGGAGAUGGACACUCCCAGCCUGGCCCCUGUGAAGAAGACGCCCAUCGCCCCACAGCUGGGCGACAAGUACAACAUCAAGCCUCCAGUCCUCAAGAGGCUAAGCUCUGGUCCACCAGAUGCUCCACCUCUGGAGAAAAAAUAUAAACCACUGAACACCCCCUCUAACUCUGCCAAAGAGAUUAAAGUCAAGAUCAUUCCAGCACAACCAAUGGAGUGCACAGGGUUCCUGGAUGCUCUAAACUCUGCUCCAGUGCCAGGGAUCAAAAUCAAAAAGAAGAAAGCCAGUGCUUGUCCUACCCCUAGUACCAAGGCAGUCUCCCCCACAUCUAACAAGGGGAGUCCAUCUGACAGCAAACAAUCUGCGUACUCUUCAUCUUCCGCUAAACCGUCAUCUCCAGAAACGGCUGCUUCCAUCACUCCUGCUGAUGAAACCCAGGAGCCGGAGCGGCCUGGGACCCCCGUUCCUUCUGAGGAGGCUGAGGUCUCUGACAACGGUGAGAAGCCUAAUGCUCUAGCAGAACCACGAGGAGAAGAAGAGAGCUUGACCAAGAAAGGCAAGAAGAAGAAGACAGUCCACUGGGCUGAGGAAGAGCAGCUCAAACACUACUUCUACUUUGACCUGGAUGAGACGGAGAGAGUCAACGUCAACAAGAUCAAGGACUUUGGUGAGGCCGCUAAACGAGAGCUGAUGAUGGACAGGCAGACGUUUGAGAUGGCCCGCCGCCUCUCCCAUGACACCAUGGAAGAGAGAGUCCCCUGGACCCCCCCGAGGCCCUUCACGCUGACCGGCAGCUUGGUCAUCUCCGGGGCCAACAGCACGGAGAAACUCACCCAGAGAGACCGUGAGAUGGGCAUCCUGCAGGAGAUCUUCCUCAGCAAAGAGAGUGUGCCUGAUACUCCCCAUGAACCCGACCCGGAGCCUUAUGAACCGAUGCCUCCCCGUGUCAUUCCUCUGGACGAGGACUCCACCAUGCAGGAGGACGGCUACGCUGAGCCCAUGGACACGUCGUCACAGCAGGGCUCUGCCAUGGCCCAGAACGAGAGCUCCAAGCUCCCCCCCGUCCUGGCCAACCUCAUGGGCAACCUGAGCAGCAGCUCUCUCUCUCGUAGCCCGCAGGCCACACCCACAGUCACCAACCCUGUGCCUGCCACUGUCAACGUACAGGAGCUGCUCUCAUCCAUCAUGGGGGCUUCUGGUAACCAGUCUACUGAAGACUUGAUCAAGCAGCCCAAUUUCUCAGACAAGAUUAAACAGCUACUGGGCUCUUUGCAGCAAACCCAGAACCAGAACCAGGGGGGACCUCCACCAGUCAACCCGGGUUUGCUGGGCCACGGUCCAGGUAUGAACAACAUGAACCUGCACAUGCAGAUGCCCAUGAACGGCGGCUACCCACCCAACAAUCCACCCGGCGGUCCUCGCUUCAACCACCCUCCACCCCCUCACAACCACGGCCCACCUUUCAACAGCAGUGGAGGCCCACGCAUGAUGGGGCCGCCACCGGGCCAGGGCCGAGGAGACAAUGGCAACUACUGGGGAGAUGAAUCCAUGAGAGGAGGGCCUCACAGAGGGGGCCACUUCCACCGAGGAGGACGGGGCCGAGGAGGAGAGCCGGGUUUCAGGGGCAGAGGACGAGGGGGGCCAAGAGGAGGGCACAACAACAUGAAUGACAUGUCCAAGAGGCCAGUGUGUCGUCACUUCAUGAUGAAGGGAAGCUGCAGAUACGAGAGCAACUGUGCUUUCUACCAUCCUGGUGUGAACGGACCCCUGCUGCCCCCCAAUCACCCCGCUAACAACCAACACAACCAGCACCCACAGCACGGACACUAGUGGCACUGCUGCCAACGGGACCAUCUCAGAGCUUUGAUCAACCCCUCACUGUUAGAGACUGGCCUGAAGCAGCCAGCUGUGCUCACGGAAGGCUGGGACACGAUCACUGAUGCCACUGUGUGUUUUUAUUGGGAUCAUUUUUAACAGUGACACUGAACCACUAUGAGCUGCUGCAGCUAGCUACCAUCUCAUCCAUCUCUUUCCACACCCUUAACACGGUCGACCAAACAGACAGAAAGCUUUCACACCACUGAAUUCCUUCUGAUCGUGGCGGUGUGUGUGUACACACUUGUGCUGUGUACAUGUGAUACUGUCUCAUAUUCCCUUUACGUAGGCUCCUUCAGGAGAGUCAGAAAAGUGGCACAAACAUUUAGGAAGCACUUUAUAAAGCAAAUGGCCCACACAGCCAUGACCUGUUAAAGAGGGACCUGAAGACAAACUGCAUGGUGGUCAGAUGUUGGGUUCUUCCAGCAGCUGCUAUUGAAUGAGGAGAAGAAGAAGCCACAGCCGUGUGUCUUACCAUGUGUACCCGUUCCCUCUGCGUCUGUUGAGCAGCUCCAGAGUGUGGGAUGACAAUCAUAUGACAUGGGCAUAUGACUGUUUUCUGUGAAAACGAUGACCUUUGUUUCUCUUGUGGGACUGUGAGAAUGUAUUAGUUGUUGUUUUUUUUAUUUUAUUUUCAUGCGAUCAUGAGAAUGUUAGCCCUUUUUUAAGAUGGGUUCAGUUUUUGUCGGAAUGAAAUGUUUGUAUGAAUACAGAUUACACAUUCACGUCAUAUUUUCCGUUUAAUUAUUUUGUACACAGUGUAUUGAAUAAAUGUCCAAACAUAAAUGCGCUGUGUUUAAUUUG